UGAAGUGAUAAAGGGAUCUAAAACUCAAAUUUUGUGUGGACAUCAUAAUUGUACGACCCGUUCAUAUUUGUUACAUGUGUACAUUGUGAACCCCCAAACCUGGACGUAUCUGGCCGGAAUCUUAUGGUGUACAACUGUGGGGGAAGGUUCGUGUGGGGAUCAAUCUGUCAGCUGACCUGUGCUAAUGGGAACCCCAUACAGGGCAGCAGCUCCAUUAGAUGUGAGAAAGACGUCGCGGGGAGUCUGCGCUGGAAGGUGUUGGGAGAUAGACCACCAUUUUGUGAAGUCGCGACUUGUGGUAAACUCAAAUCUCCUAGAAACAGUAUAACCUCCUGCGUGGCCUCAUCGGUGUGGGAGAUAUGUGUAGUGACGUGCCCUGAAAAAAUGUCGUACCCUGCCAGCGUUCCGUCCAUCUACCGAUGUCAAAUCUCGUCAGGUUUAUGGCAGCCUUACGACUACGUUCCGGAAUGUAAAGCGGCCUCAGACUACGAGAGCGUUCAGAUCGAGGCUGUGUUCAUGUAUUCUGUCGGGUCGUGUAGCAGCAGUACUGACGUCAGCGGGAGGUUUUUAAAUCGUCUGCUGGCCAGUGACCUAGCCAGAGACUGUGGACACUCAGGGUGUAACUUCACCAAUGUCAGGGUCGACUGUGAACCUGUAAAUGAGAACAGACGGUCUGCUGAGUAUAAGAUUGCUUUAAACGCUGAAAAAAUCUUGAUUAUUGCUGUAACGAUUGAUCUAGUUCGACUCCCCAACAAGAGUCAUGACGCUGGCCUCCUGGACUUCUACCAGUCGAUGGCCAACUCUAUAGACGACAGUCUGUACCACGAGGAGGAGAAGGGCACGUUCAGGAUCCCUGAGAUUGGCCAGUUUGAAGGAUUCCACUCUAGCAGUGUCAAAUACCUGUGCCGCCCUGGCACCAAGUUCCUCUACACAACUAUGCUAUGUGCUGGGUGUGGUCCUGGCCACAUGUACGACAACACAACCAACAGCUGUAGAGUUUGUCCUAAAGACACAUACCAGGACCAGGACAUUUCCUUCAGCUGUACACCAUGUCCUAACAAUACAGUGACACAAGCUGAGAUGGCCACGUCAGAAGCUCUGUGUUUGGACCUUUGCAGACCUGGCCAGUUUUCCAACAAUGGAGUCCAGCCGUGUGACCCUUGCCCAGUUGGCUCUUACCAAUCCAAAUAUGGGAUGAAGUCAUGUGACCUCUGUCCAUACGGCAUGUCCACCGUCAAUAAUGAAACAACUGUUAUUGAUGAUUGUAUAUUUUUCAACACCCGACUUAGCGAGACCACCUCCCAGGCAGCCAUACAAAUAUUUGACAAAAUUCCAACGACCUUCACCUUUAUGACCUGGCUCACCUCGGCCUCCACACUUAUGACGUCAUCAUUGACCUUCUCAUUGGGGUCAGACCAGGACAACUCUACUGCAGCAUUUUUAGCCCUGGACAAAAUAGUUCUAGCCAUCCGUGAACAGAGGGACAUUGGAGGGUUAAAAGUUAUAAGGAAAUGGCACCACAUAGCCCUCACCUACAAGAAGGGAGCCGUUAGGUUUUUUCUCAACGGGGAACUGGUCAGUGAACGGUCACGUGUGAGACUGUCUCGGCUGUCUCAGAAGUCUCUCGUCUUCCAGAAAUCGGCAGAAGUUAACGCUGUGGUAGUGAGUGGCCCCCAGCUGACCACCAGCUUCUACACAGAGCUCCAGCUCCGAGAGUUUGCCACUUCCUGUCACAAGAAGGUCAAGACAAAUCUACUGGCCAGAAAACCUUGGGAGUUUCUUGCCCUUUCUCCCAGCACUUGCAACGACUUGAACUUGUGUGACGGCGAGCCGUGUGGUCAACACGGUACUUGUAUCUCUGGUCUGGACACGCUUCAGUGCUUGUGUCACACGCCAUGGUCCGGGGAUCGAUGCCAGGUGGCUCCAGACUUUUGUGCAGACAACUUGUGUGCUAACGGCGCCACCUGCGUCAAUCUGCCAAAAAAAAAUACUUACAAAUGUUUCUGCGCUCCAAACUUCAUGGGCAAGUUGUGCACUAACCUUAGAAGACAGAAAAAUCGUGUCCGCCAAAAUGCUGGGAUGGCAUUAAACUAAUUUCGUAUUGCAAAUCAUUUAACUUUCUCUCUUACAUUUUUUUUUUCAUAUUUACUCUUCCUUAGAAAUUUUUAUUGCACUUGUAUUUUUCCACAUUGUAAUGAGUGGUAUGAAUGUUAUGUCACAAUCGUUUUUAAAAAAAUCUUAGCCACUAAUUGUGAUUAAAUAAAAAAGGAUUCUUUUUUUAUUAAAUUAUCAAUCAAAAGUUGCAAAAAUAUGCAAAAUAAAAAAAAUAUUCCAUUUCCUUUUUUUAAAUACGUUAUUUUAUUGUUUUAACAAUAUAUCUCUAUGUUUCAUUAUAUCAUAUAUAUUUACUAUCAUGCACUUACUAUUUAGUUUUAUUCUGCCAAUGUAUCUUAAGCUUAUCUACUCAUCUCUGUUAACACUAUUUUAACUCAAAGCGUUUGAAUAAAGGUAUUGCUUCUAUUUUGUUCGUUUGUUAUUCCUGAGGAUAAACAUUUGAUAGUGGAAAAGUAAAAAAAAAGGACAAAGGACUGUU